AUGGUGAAUGCUCAUAUUGAAGAAGUUAUCGAAUUUCGAAACAAGUUGAUGAGUGAGCAAGAUUGUAGUUCUCAAAGGAUAAGUCCAGUCUCUUCUUCAUUUGCCUACUCCAUCUCUAAUGAUCUAUCAAGUGAAGAAAAUAAUGUAAAAUCUAUUGGACAAUUAGCAGAAUCUAUAGAGGUUGCCAGUUAUUGGGUUUUUGCCACUAUUAUUGAAAUUGAAAGUGAUCAAGAUUGGUGGUACUUAUCCUGUAAACGAUGUUCAAAGAAAGUCAAUCCUGUUGGUAAGAGAUUUUACUGUGAAAAGUGUGACAAGUUUGAUUUUGCGGGAACUCCUAGGUUUAAGGUCCAAGACUCUGAUGCUCUUUCUCAACUUGACUAUGUUGAUGUUGUUGAGGUGAAGGCUUGCCAGAUUUUGAUAACCGAGUUCCCUCGGCUUGUCGCUCGGGUUGAGGCAUCGGAAGGCCGGUCACACUCACAAUCGAUUGUGCCUUCCCUCCAAAUAAAUGAAGCACCCGGGACGGACGCGCCGUCGGAAUUCGACGAUGAGGACAUCAUCAGGGUGGCCAUUCAAAGCCGGCCUCAUUCGAAGAGGCUUGCAAAAAAGAGGAAAACAAUAAUGCCUCCGUCUCCACCGCUGGCUGAUGAUGAAAUAAUAACAGCACCAUCGGCUGCUGAUGGUGUUACCAUUGAUGACAUGCCCGUCACGGUGGAGGAGAUCGCAGAUGACAUUGAGAUUGUCACGGUGGAUAAGAUUGUUGACUCUGUUGUUAACGAUAGCAUGAACCCGGUGGAACUGGUGUCUGACAGUGCGGCAUCAAAGAUGGACACAAUCCAUGAAGAACAACAACCGACCCAACGCUAG